UGAAUUCAAACAUGUCUCAAUUUACUUCUGAAAACAUAGUGGAUGCCAGUUUGGGGAGAAGACGCAACAAGCUUUUAUUGAGACAUCAUAGGCAUUGCAGUUAGAAAACAAAAUGACAUCCGCUGGAUUUUUUAUCUACAUCCUAAUUAUAAUUUUAUCAGACGCGAGGCAUAUAGAAAACAAGGAGCAACGUAAAGUGCUUGUGAAAGAAAUCCGUUUUUCAGUUCAUCAAAGGAAUCGUGCGGUAAAUGUGUCUGUUAAGAACGGUGUAGAUAACGAAGAAGAGGCUCCAGAUUUAAAACUUUUUCAACCAUUUCUCAUGGAUGAAAUGAGCCGUAAAGUACAAGAAAACAUCAUGCUAAAACAGUAUCACAAAAACGUACGUAAAGACCCAUAUUUAAGCAAGGAAGCUAAAGGCGAAAGCUAUCCAAUGAAAAGUAAUGUCAAGGAUGAUAUCAAACACGGUAAUACAAACAGAUAUUAUGAAUACAAAACUAAGAUUCCAACACAGAUUGCUAAAACAAUUCCAAACGAAAAAGAUAUCAGUACUAGUGAUCCAGAGUCAAUGAAAGCAAGUAAAGCAAAUGAUGAGAAUCAUACAGACGGGAAGGACCAACUUGAUGCUGACAGUAAAAGUACUGAGUUCUCAGGAAAUGACCUUGAAGAUGCAACGAAAGUAUCCGAAGGAGAGGCUAUCCAGAAGAUAGUUGGGGGAUCUUUUUCUAUACCGGCGCACUGGCCAUGGCAAGCUUCCAUACAAUACUUUGGGACGGACGGUUAUUGGCAUCAUUUUUGUGGAGGAAGUCUGGUCAACAACAUAUGGGUGGUUACCGCAGCUCAUUGUGUCUGCAAACUCGAGGAUUAUAUUAUUCGUGUCGUACUUGGUGAUUACCGGCUGAGUACACGUACCAACAACAGAGAGCAGAUGAUUGAUCCCUCGAGAAUAUGGAUACACGGCUAUUACAAUGAAAGCAGUCUCUAUUUCGACAUUGCCGUGGUAAAGCUGGCAAACAGCGCGAAACACACGACUUACGUGCAACAUGUAGAAAUAGCUUCACCAAACCUAGAUACAUUUUCUGAAAAUGAUAUAUGCUAUAUCACCGGAUGGGGAAAUAUCAUAGGCACCACAGAUCGUAUGUAUGUGUCAGAUUAUCUUAUGGAAAGUCGUGUUUCUGUGAUUUCUGAGACGAGAUGCCGAACGUUUUACGGAAAUAUAAUUGAAGACACACAAAUAUGCAUCCUUGGUGACCAUUCCUCUGCUUGUUGUGGAGACAGUGGUGGCCCUCUUGUUUGUCAAGUGGGCAAUGAAUGGAAACUGGCAGGUAUUGCUUCGUGGGUUGGAAGUGACACGUGUUCUCCAGAGUAUCCAAAUGUCUACACGCGCAUGCGUACCUUCUAUGAAUGGACAAAAAGUUUAAUGGGCCAGUAUUAAGGCCACUUACACAAUGUUUUUAUAUCAUCUUAUAAUUUCAUUUCAUAAAAGUGGCCUUUGGUACAUACAUGUACUUCUUGAUAUCAAAGAUAUGUGUAAUUCGUGUGAAUAUGUGUUUCGAUAGAUUCAAAUGUAUUGCAGAUCUUUUGAGUCAUGGACAAAAAGAUUAUUUUGCAUGGUUUUUACGCGUGUUUAAUAUUGAUUGUUGCCCAGCAACAAAGAAUACCUGCUUCUGAAAUCUUGAGAAAUAUUGUAAGUUUCAAAUUCAGGAAUUCUUUUCACAAGUGAACAUAAGGUCAAUGACAAAAAUGAUAUGAUUUUAGAGGUGUUUUGAAUGUUUAUACCCCGGUGACUGUGAAAAUAUCAUCGAAUGCAUUUCUCUGCGGAUCCUUCAGCUACAAAAAUGAAUAAAAAUAAUCAGUAUGAUACUGUUAAAACUGUAAAGUUUUACCUAGCAGCAUUCAGAUAUAAUUGUCACAUAACAACGGAAGAAUUCUAGCGAAAUUAAAAUUUGAUAUUUGUAAAUAAAAAUUAGUGUUUUGCUAAGAAACGAAAAAGAGAUAACGUGCAGUUUUGGACAAUAUAACACUUGAUUUAUUUUAAUACAAUGCCAAAUGCUCCCAGAGAAGUAAAAAUAAUGAAAUAAUGAAAUUAACAUCAUGACCGCCUACCUGGUGUGUGUAUUACUCUAAAAAGUCCUAGUGAAAUGCUAAUCCGUGACAUUUGACGUUAGACAUACUCGGCAUCGUGAAGCUUAUAAAAGAUAUUUUGGACAAUUGCAGUACUUAUUUUUUGAAUGGCCAUUUAAAUGUAGUAUAAUCAUGUACUAUAUUAUGGGUUUUACAGUGGGAUUCAUCUGUAAAAAAAUAGGACAGGAUUUUUCUGUACGACAAACAAUUUCGCUUGUUAAUUCUAAGAAAUGUUUUGCUAUACUUGACCUUUUCUUUCGUUAUUGCUUGUACAUACAAUUAAAAAGAUACAAAAAGU